GCUAGCUAGCUAGCAAUGGCGAAGAAGCAGUUGGAGGUGUGGAUCCUCAUGCUCGCUCUGGGCGCGCUGGCCUGCUUCGACGAGGCCCAGCUGAUCGAUUGCCCCAAGGAGUGCGGCAGGGGUGCCGACGUUAUGGAGUGCCCCAAUAACCUCUGCUGCAACGAGGACGGGCGCUGCGGCAUCGGCAACAAAUACUGCGACACCGGUUGUCAAAACGGUGCCUGUUACAAUAGCUUGCGCUGCGACAGCAACGGUGAGUGCCCUAACAACUUCUGCUGCAGUGACUCUGGACUCUGCGGCCUCGGCAUUGAGUACUGUGGUGGCGAGUGCAAGAGUGGCCCCUGCAGAACCGGCGACAAGCCAUGUGUGCAGGCCCCUGAUGGUUCCUUCUCUUGUCCUAACAAGUACUGCUGCAGCGGUGAGGGUUUCUGUGGCCUCGGCAACGCCUACUGUGGUGUCGGUUGCAAGGGCGGCCCAUGCAUCAGCCCAUCCAUGUUCAACCCAGUCACCUGCUUAUUCUAGUCUCCACUCCCAUGAAUGAUUUUUGUUGUAAAGCUUGUUUGUUGCGCGGCAGAAUAGCUAGCCAAUUUAUUGCAACAGGAAAAGUAACUCUGCAAUAAAUGGUUGGAAAUAUUGCAACAACGGGCAAUGCUCGAAUAAUGUUUACGUGGCUAGCACAUAUGUGGCCGCAGUAGUGCCAGCCCCACUU